GAAAUUUUCGCCGUAACUUAAAGCGUACUACAACUAGCUACACGGUGUACCGUGUCGUGCACGUGGCAAUCGACACGUAUAACGGUUAACCUCUGGACAGCGAGACUACGAAUCAUCAAUUCAAUGAUGACCACGCAACUGCGCAGCCUGAUCUUGCUUCUAGUAGCUUCUCUCCCGCUGGCGAGUGCACAAUUCAAUUUCUUUGAUCAGAUGUUUGGGCAUUCCCAGCAGCAGCAGCAGCAACAACAACAAAGAGGAUCUGGACCUUCUGGUAACUCCCAAUGGAUGGCGCAUUCAGAAGCUCUCCCAUGUUCCCAAUACCUGUGCCCAAGUACCCUGACGUGUGUCGAGAGACCGGCUGAUUGUCCAUGUCCCAAUGCAGAGGACAUCAAGUGCACCAUCCCAGACGCAGUAGAUACAGAAGCUGCAACGGUUGUUUGCGUGAGGGGGGUAGAGGAGUGUACACCAGUCGAACGGCUGACGAGUUCAUAUUCAACAUGAUGCAUCUUCCGUCUGUCGUCGGUGACUCGCUAAAAUAUAUAUGGCGAGUGGAUGUCGAAUCCUAUCUGCCGUCUCGAAGACAGAACCGCUUACUUCACAAUUCAGUAUACCCGUGUUUCCACACCGUCACAGUUCUUUCAAAUGAUCGGUUGCCGAGCUUGUUCUCCUAGAAGCAUCAUCAUCUUGCAUGCAUGUUCUUGUCGUAGGAUUCCGAUCGUCAUACAAGAGUUAUUCCCCCCCCCCCCCUACUCUACUUCAUAUUCAAUGCGGAAGAAAACACACUUGUUUUGACCUCUGAGAAACUAUCACUGUUGCGUGCAAUCUUGAUACUGAACCUUAUCACCCUCCCGGGUAAUCAAGGUCAGAUAUAUACUGUCUA